CAAUAAUUUAAAAUAGUAACUCGAUAGUAUUAAUUGAUAUAUUUUUUAUUACAAAUUAAGCUAUUUAAACCGCCAAUCUGCGUUUGCCGUAUACAGUAAUAUCUGUGCUGAGAGGUUGUAAAUACACGCUGAUUUCAACAACGUUGAAUCGUCGCUUGUAAUCGUUGCUUGUAAUAACUAAAAUUGAAAACAGUAUAUGCCAUCUUCUUUAUUUAUUAUGUGUUUCGGUGAUACCUAAUCCCAAACAUUACCUGAUUUAUUAAGUUAUACUUUUGUUUGUCUCUGUCACAAUGGUGGAUAGAUGGGUGAACGACAAGUUGUACGACUUGCUAGGCAUGAGCGAUAAGUAUGUCGGUCAGUAUUUAAUUGCGCUUGCUGGGAGAAGUACGUCCAUAAACGAGUUUGUGGAGACCUUGAAGGAAACUGGAACAGUCGAGGUUGAUGAAAAUAUGACAGAGUUUGCACAUGAACUGUGGGGCAUGGUACCACACAAGGAGAAAGCAAUGAAUGCUAAUAGAUUACGUGAGGAGAAAGCCCUCAAGGAGCAAGCGAAAAACAGAUCCUACCAACUUGUCUCAGAUGGAGACAGUGGUGAAGAAGUCCACCAAGCUCCAACAAAGAAGUUGAAGACAUCCAAAAAGAAACAAAGAAACAUUAGAAAGAAAAAGGAAUCAUCCAGCGAUUCUGAGAGUGAAUCUGCGUCAGGGGUAAAGAAAGAGGAAUCGUCGAGGUCAGAGUCUGAAGAUGAAAUGGAUAAGAUGGAGAAGGACAGGAUAGAUGACCUGAAGGAGAGAGAUGAGUUUGCUAAACGUCUUCGCAACAAGGACAAGGAGAAAACCAGAAGCGUUGCUACCAAGUCUGAUAAGAAGGCGUACCAAUCGGCUGCUCAGCGGCUGAAACUCGAAGCAGAAGAUCGGAAAAAGGUUCUUCCUAAGCUAAGAGUGGAGUCGCGUCGCAAGUAUCUGGAAAAGCGGACUGACGACAAGCUGCUGGAACUUGAGGCAGAUAUCGUUGACGAAGACUAUCUCUUCAGUGAUCAGCAUUUGACGGAGAGAGAGAAGGCGGAAGCUAAAUACAAGAAAAAUGUGCUUGCACUCGCAAAAGACCACCAGAAAGCCAGGGAAAUUGAAAAGGUUAACAGAUAUUUCAUCCCCAAGGACAACGAGAAAUUGUUAGACAUGUAUGAGGAUGAUAAGGAGAAAGGCCCAAAUUAUGAACAGAAGAAAUGGGAGGAAGAAAGACUGGGUACAGCACGGAUGAAGUUUGGUGCUAGGGAUGCGACUGAAAAAACGAAGGAAAAAGAUUAUGACUACGUAUUGGAGGAUCAAAUUGACUUUGUGCAAGUUCUUCAGAUGCCUGGCACAAAGGGAAAGGACUCAAAAGAGCCUGUGUUGUCCGAGCGGGAGAAGAAGAAGGAGAGCAUUCAGGAAGUAAGGAAGAGUCUUCCUGUGUAUCCGUUUCGUGAAGACCUUCUCGCGGCUAUUGACGAGCAUCAAGUCUUGAUUAUAGAGGGAGAAACGGGCAGUGGCAAGACGACUCAGAUUCCACAGUACCUCCACGAACAUGCUUACAACAAAGGGGGUAGAGAAGAAAGGUCUUGCGAGGAGAUGGGCGUCAAACUCGGAGGCGAGGUCGGCUACUCGAUCCGCUUCGAGGACUGCACGUCGGAGCGCACAGCAGCUCAAGUACAUGACGACGGCAUGCUGCUGCGCGAGUUUCUCAGCGAGCCCGACCUCGCCGGCUACAGCGUCAUCAUCAUCGGACGGGGGGGGGCUCACGAGCGCACGCUGCACACCGACGUGCUGUUUGGACUCGUUAAGGACAUCGCGCGCUUUCGGCCCGACCUCAAGCUUCUCAUAUCCAGCGCGACCCUCGACGCCGAGAAAUUCUCGUCGUUUUUUGACGAUGCUCCGAUCUUCCGCAUCCCCGGCCGCCGGUACCCGGUCGACAUUCUCUACACUAAGGCUCCCGAGGCCGACUACCUGGACGCGGCCGUUGUCUCCGUCCUGCAGAUCCACGUGACGCAGGACGCUGGCGACAUACUCGUCUUCCUCACCGGCCAGGAGGAGAUCGAGACCGCAAACGAACUGCUGCUUGAGCGAACGCGGAAACUGGGCUCCAAGAUCCGAGAGCUCAUCAUUGCACCGAUCUAUUCCACCAUGCCAUCGGAGAUGCAGGCCAAGAUUUUCGAUCCGACGCCGCCUGGUGCGAGAAAGGUCAUCCUGGCAACUAACAUCGCGGAGACAUCACUGACGAUCGACGGCAUCAUCUAUGUGAUCGACACCGGCUUCUCCAAGCAGAAAAGUUACAACGCAAGGACUGGCAUGGAAUCGCUCGUCGUCACGCCCAUCUCAAAGGCAUCAGCCAAUCAGAGAGCGGGUCGAGCGGGAAGAGUGGCGGCCGGAAAGUGUUUCCGUCUCUACACGGCUUGGGCGUAUAAGCAUGAGCUGGAGGACAAUACGAUUCCAGAGAUCCAGCGCACGAACCUGGGCAACGUCGUGCUGCUGCUGAAGUCUCUCGGCAUCAACGACCUCAUCCACUUCGACUUCAUGGACCCGCCGCCGCACGAGACGCUCAUACUCGCGCUCGAGCAGCUGUACGCGCUAGGCGCCCUCAACCACCUCGGGGAGCUGACGAGGCUCGGACGCCGCAUGGCUGAGUUCCCCGUCGACCCGAUGCUGUCCAAGAUGAUCCUUGCGUCCGAGAGGUACAAGUGUUCGGAAGAGAUCAGCAUUACAGCCAUGCUCUCCGUAAACAACUCGAUAUUCUAUCGACCGAAAGACAAGAUCGUUCACGCUGAUACGGCGAGGCAGAACUUCUUUAUGCCGGGCGGUGAUCACCUCACUCUGUUGAAUGUUUAUAAUCAGCGUGUCGACAGUACGCAGACGGAGGCCGCCGGCCGCGGGAUGCACAGUGGUUUGCAAGUGACUGCAGGAGGCGACGACGUGACUUCGUGUUGCGUAGGGGGCGGCCUCUCGCGGACUCCGCUACUGCGUGUUCGUCUCAAGGCGUCACUCCUCUACCGCAGACUGACUAGCAACGCGGUCGCGCGCGACGUAGACGAGUGGCUCCGCACCUACUGUCGGCGGAGCGUCUGCUCGCAUGUCGCCUCGCGACGCACACAGUGGCCGGCGAAGCGAGCAACGGCGGGACGGCGCGCGGACUUCGCAAGCCCCGUGUCGAUCGUCGGCUGGCCGCCGUCGCACGCAGCCUCGUGCGAUAUCGUUCCUGUCGUCAACGGCAACGCGGCGGCGCGGCGAAAGCGACUCGAGUCGUUGUUCGCGGCGAUAAGGCGGGCAAUGCGGUUGCCGACGGCGACAACAGGAACGCAGAUGCUGGGCUAG